AUCAGUAAUGCCUGAUUUAUUGAGGUACAGAAUAUUCAAACCAUGUGGCACACAAAGGGCACAAAGGGCAACAAAGGGUAAAUGGUGUGACAUGAUUCGUGAAGAAGCGAAUAGGGAUGGAGUAAGGCAGAUGGAACGAUGGUACUUGGAAUUGGAGGUCACUUAGCGGCCUUGGCGGGGUGCGGGACGGUUACACUCAUCGAUGUUAUACACACAAAUAUAUAUCUUGUCUGUAACAACUAAUGGUGCAACCCUUUGACCCUUUCGAGAAUUGGCUCUUGGUGUGGCACAGUGAAAGAAUUUAAAGUCAAUCUCGUUGCUCAGUUACAUACGAAUAAUAUACAUACACAGCAGAUAAGUGAAUACUUAAUUAACUAGAACUGUCGUGUCGGUUUCACGAAGCUAGUGCGACAUCCGGCUUUAGUCGUCAUCGUCCAAAAAUACCAAGAGAACGACCGAUGUUUAUUGAUAAGGAUCUCGUCUUUUAAUUCCAAUUAAAAUUCUGACUUACUGUAAUAAUGGAUAAAAUAAAGACACCAAAGGGUUUGGACACAAAAGAGGGCUGGGAGCUGCCACCACUUCGUGGUUUGAACGAUUUUCUUUUGGAACCAUCACGCUUUCAAAUUCCCAAUGUAAGGGAUUUAGAAAAAUGGGGCAAUAGAGUGGUCAGUAAUCUUAUUUAUUAUCAAACCAAUUAUCUUUACCUGUGGAUCGCUAUUAUACUUGUCGUAGUAUCGGUCCAUCCUAUGAAGGGAAUUGUAGGUAUAUCAACAAUGGGAGCAAUAUGGAUUUACUGCAUGUACUUGUUUAAUGAAAAAGAACAGUUGCUUAAAUUCAAGAAAGCUUAUCCUCAGGUUGGAGUAAUUCUUACCAUUGCUCUUAUUGUCUAUAUUCUGUUUACUGUGUACUCAGUUCUCUUUAUACUGUUUGGCGUUCUAUUAUCCUUCUGCGUUACUUUUGUACAUGCAUCACUGAGGUUGAGGAACUUGAAGAACAAAUUGGUUAACAAAAUAGAGGGUAUGGGAAUAGUAGAACGCACCCCUAUGGGACUUAUCUUAAAUUAUUUUGAACAUAGGAGUGGUAUAACUUUACGUAGACAGACAACUUUUAUUCAGUCCCUUCAUUAGACAACUGCUUCUUACAACAAAUUGUAACAGUGUUGGCAGUGAAUAUUGAACGUUCACGUUGGAAGUUGCCUGAAUCACAGAAAAAUGUUUCCGGACGAUCGGGUGAGAAUCACUUUUUUUUUGUAAAAAGUUUCGUACAAUCUAUAAUAAAACCGUAUAUCACUAAUU